AUGUCAGGCAGAAAUAAGGGCUCAGCUACGGCAAGAUUUGUCAGAAACACUAGACCCAAUUCCUCAGGGUUUAACGCCAACAACAGUUAUGCCCUUACUGCUCAGCAGCUGAUGCAAGCUGCGAAAGUGGAUGAUCUAGAUUCCAUUAUGGGGUUCGAAAGGUAUACUCCUCCUCAAUUUAAUGGUAAGGUGGAUGUAGAUAACAUAAGUCAAGUUCCAGGACGUGUGGGCUGGUUAAUCAAUAUCCAUCCUACCAUGAUUUCUAAUGAAUCAACCGCCAAUAGUGGUAGCAAUAAAGGUGUCGCUGGUAUAGACUGUUAUUUCUUAGAUGAAGAAGGUGGUAGUUUCAAAUCGUCAAUUGUUUUUGAUCCCUAUUUCUUCAUAGCAGUUAAUGAUGAUUCGAUGGUAAAUGAAGUGGAAGAAUUUUUAAAAAAAUAUCUAGAAUCUUGUCUUAAAUCCAUUGAUAUCAUUCAAAAAGAUGAUUUAGCCCUAGAUAACCAUCUUCUGGGUCUCAAAAGAACUCUAAUUAAACUGAGCUUCAUCAACUCAAAUCAUUUAUUUGAAGCAAGAAAAUUACUGCGACCUAUAUUACUGGAUAAUCAAAACAAUAAUACACAGAGAAAUGUUUACAAAAAGGCUCAAGCAAAUGUGCGUAAAGAUGCUAAACAAUGUAUUGAAGACAUAAGAGAAUACGAUGUCCCUUAUCAUGUCCGUGUCUCAAUCGAUAAAAAUAUUCGUGUUGGUAAGUGGUAUAAAGUAUCAUCUGCUGGUUUCCUAGAAUGCACUGAAAAGGUAGCAUUUGCCGAUCCAGUGGUCCUUGCAUUCGAUAUCGAAACUACAAAGCCCCCACUGAAAUUUCCUGACGCUGCUGUGGAUCAAAUUAUGAUGAUUUCGUACAUGAUUGAUGGUGAAGGUUACUUAAUUACCAACAGAGAAAUUAUUUCAGAAGAUAUUGAAGAUUUCGAAUAUACGCCAAAACCCGAAUAUCAUGGUCAAUUUUCAAUAUUUAAUGAAGCAGACGAAUUAGCAUUAUUACAAAGAUUUUUUGAACAUAUAAGAGACGUACGACCAACAGUUAUAGCUACAUUCAAUGGUGAUUUCUUCGAUUGGCCAUUCGUUGAAACCAGAGCUAAGAUCCAUGGUCUUGAUAUGUUCGAUGAAAUUGGGUUUGCACCAGACUCAGAGGGUGAAUAUAAGUCAUCAUAUUGUUCGCAUAUGGAUUGUUACAGAUGGGUUAAGCGUGAUUCAUACUUACCUCAGGGUUCCCAAGGUUUAAAAGCUGUCACACAAGCCAAAUUGGGUUAUAAUCCAAUCGAAUUGGAUCCAGAAUUAAUGACACCCUAUGCCUAUGAAAAACCACAACAUCUAUCAGAAUAUUCUGUCUCUGAUGCUGUUGCAACCUAUUAUCUAUAUAUGAAGUACGUUCAUCCCUUCAUUUUCUCUCUUUGUACUAUUAUUCCAUUGAAUCCAGACGAAGUUCUCAGAAAAGGUACAGGUACCUUGUGUGAAAUGCUUUUAAUGGUUCAAGCAUAUGACCAUGGUAUUCUACUACCAAAUAAGCACACUGACCCUCUUGAACGAUUCUAUGAUGGCCACCUUCUGGAGACUGAAACUUAUGUGGGUGGUCACGUCGAAUCCCUAGAAGCUGGUGUGUUUAGAAGUGACAUCAAAAAUCAUUUUUCUGUGGAUCCUGCAACUAUCGAUGACUUGCUAGAGGACUUGCCACAUGCUCUGAAAUUUUGCAUAGAAACAGAAAAUAAAUCUAGUGUUGAUAAAGUGAUGAACUUUGAUGAAAUCAAGGACAAGAUCACUGAACAAUUAUUAGAUUUGAAAAAUAACGUCAAGAGAUAUGAAUUGCCACUGAUCUAUCAUGUUGAUGUUGCAUCCAUGUACCCUAAUAUCAUGGCAACAAACAGAUUGCAACCAGAUAGUAUUAAGACAGAGAGAGAUUGUGCGAGCUGCGAUUUUAACAGACCAGGUAGUACAUGUCAAAGAAAAUUGAAGUGGGCCUGGCGUGGUGAAUUUUUCCCUGCUAAAAUGGAUGAAUACAAUAUGAUUAAGAGAGCUUUACAAAAUGAAACGUUCCCAAAUAAGAACAAAUAUUCCAAAAAACCUUAUUUAAGCUUUGAUGAAUUAAGCUAUAGUGAUCAAGUGCAACAUAUAAAAAAGCGCCUGACAGAAUAUUGUAAAAAGGUAUAUCAUAGAGUUAAAGUGUCAGAAGUGGUAGAAAGAGAAGCUAUUGUAUGUCAAAGAGAAAAUCCUUUCUAUGUCAAUACAGUCCGUUCAUUUCGUGAUAGAAGAUACGAGUUCAAAGGUUUAGCCAAAACGUGGAAAGGUAAAGUAUCUGCAAUUGAUUCUUCUGAUAAGCAUGCCAAAGACGAGGCAAAAAAAAUGGUCGUUCUGUAUGAUUCGUUGCAACUAGCACAUAAAGUUAUUUUAAACUCUUUCUAUGGCUAUGUUAUGAGAAAAGGUUCGAGGUGGUAUUCUAUGGAAAUGGCAGGUAUUACAUGUUUAACGGGUGCUACAAUUAUUCAAAUGGCAAGAUCUGUUGUUGAAAAAAUUGGUAGACCAUUAGAAUUGGAUACUGAUGGUAUUUGGUGUAUUUUACCAAAGUCUUUCCCAGAAAACUUUUUCUUCCAACUAGAUAAUGGGAAAAAAUUAUUUUUAUCAUAUCCAUGUUCCAUGCUGAAUUAUAAAGUCCAUCAAAAAUUUACAAAUCAUCAAUACCAAACAUUGAGUGAUCCAUUGAAGCAUAAAUACGAAACGCACAGUGAAAAUUCCAUUUUUUUCGAAGUCGAUGGUCCUUAUAAAGCAAUGAUUCUACCCACCUCUAAAGAAGAGGGGAAAGGUAUCAAGAAAAGAUAUGCCGUUUUUAAUGAAGAUGGUACCUUAGCUGAAUUAAAAGGGUUCGAAUUGAAGAGGCGUGGUGAACUGCAAUUGAUCAAGAAUUUUCAGAGUGAUAUUUUCAAAGUCUUUUUGGAAGGUAAUUCGUUAGAAAGUUGUUACACUGCAGUUGCUAAUGUUGCAAAUAGGUGGUUAGAUGUUCUUGAUACUCAUGGUGCUAUGUUAGAGGAUGAGGAUUUGAUUGAUUUGAUUUGUGAGAACAGAAGUAUGUCUAAAACCUUAAAAGAAUAUGAAGGACAGAAAUCUACAUCUAUCACAACUGCAAAAAGAUUAGGUGAAUUUUUAGGAGAAGAUAUGGUGAAGGAUAAAGGUUUACAAUGUAAGUAUAUUAUUAGCAAUAGACCAGUUGGUGCUCCUGUUACAGAAAGGGCAAUCCCCGUUGCCAUUUUCUCAACUGAUAUCUCGGUAAAGAGAGGCUUUUUAAGACGUUGGCUUUCAGACCCGAAUUUGGAUGACUUUGAUAUCAGAGGUAUCAUUGAUUGGGCCUACUAUAGAGAAAGAUUGGCGUCAACAAUUCAAAAGAUUAUCACCAUACCAGCUGCAUUACAAAACGUUCCUAAUCCAGUUCCAAGGAUUGAACAUCCUGAUUGGCUAAGAAAGAAGAUUCUAAUAAGGGAAGACAAAUUCAAGCAAACUUCUCUAAACAAAUUCUUCAGCAAAACCUCUAAGGCUCCAAAAUCUGGAAAGGUCAAAGACAUUGAAGACUUAUUCAAGGAAGAUGACGAAAUGAAAAAACUUAAGAUUGCUCGAACAACGAUUAAAGCAAAGCAAAAUAAAAAAAGAAAAUCUAUGAAGGAGAUAGAAGAGCAGCAUUUGGCUCUACCGUCCAAUGUACCUUCCAUUGAUGGAGAUUAUGCUGAGUGGCUCAAUUAUCAAAAGAUUAAAUGGAAAAUUCAACAAAGAGACAGACAACGUAGAACGCAACUAUUUGGUAACUCUGAAAAUUCUAAUGAGAGGACGGCACUAGGUUCUAUGAUUAGAAAACAGGCCGAAUCAUAUGCUGAUGCUAACUGGGAAAUUAUUCAAUACAAACAAUCAAGCGAUCCUGGUGUACUUGAUGUUUAUAUGUACAUUCAUGGUAAGAUUCAACUUCUUAAAUUCAAAGUCCCAAAGACAGUAUAUAUCAAAUUCAAAACUGACGCUGUUCCUCUGGGGAAAAUAAAACAUUCUCAAAUUGAGAAAGUGAAUGUGACUUUGCCUAAUAAUCCUAAAUUAAAAGACUCAUCUUCUCAUAAUAUUUUCAGGCUGACACUGCCAGAGGCUUCAUACAUGGAAGAAAUUGAGAAUAACAUGAGUAUCUUAAAUGAUGACAAUGUGCUGGGUAUAUUUGAGGGAAAGGUUCCUGCAAAUGAAAGGGCUAUUAUAGAACUGGGUUCAACGGUGGCCUUCUCUUCUAACGCCAUGGGGUCCUUGGGGAAAGGUUUACAGUCUGGUUUUGACAUUAAAAGUUUAUCCUCGGUGAACAACGACAGAUAUUUGAGCAAGUACAAUGGUGACGUUUCUUACUUGAUACAUCUUUCUACUAAUAUUGGCUAUGAAUUUUUUGCAGUCUAUAAAUCAUGGGAAGAUUCAGUGAACAUUUUAGUCCUGAAGCCAUCAAUAGAAGCACAGGAGAUAAGUGAGCAAUUGAUAAGACAAACUUUUGAACAAUUUUACGAGAAGAACAAUAAAAUUACCAACAAGAAUACUAGAUGGGUUGAGUUGAAAGAAACGACACAAUUUCAUUUUACGUACUUCACAGUUUUGAAUAAGUUGAACAAGAGCUUGGCCUCAGAAAUUUCUGGCAUGAAAGAGGAAAAGGGUCAGCAAUUCAUCUUAUUUUUACAAUCACCAUAUACCAAAAACAUAUUGAAGAGUAUAAAGCAUUUCAAAACGCUUCCAGUAAUCGAAUGGACGAUGAACGAGUUGCAACUUCCUCAACUAAACUGGCAGACCGGCUUGGUUUCUAAGCUUGUAAAGCACCUAUUUUCGAGUGGAUAUGGAAUCUCUCAUAUGAUCAACAUCGCAAAGUACAGUAAUAUUCCUAUUGGGAAUUUGCAAUUGAAUAACAUGGGCUAUGUCAUAGAUAUCUUAUAUGCCAGAAGACUAAAGCAUGAAAGUGUUGUAUUAUGGUGGAAUGAAGAUAGCCCUCUACCAGAUCAUGCAGGUGUUGAAAAGGAUUUCGACCCCAAUGCCGACUGGAUUAUUAAUGGUUCUAAUUUCUCAGAGAUAAAUACGCCAGACAUAUAUGAUAAUGUAGUACUCGACAUUAGUGUUGGCAAUUUGACCGUUAAUACUAUUUUAGGCUCAACUUUGAUUAAUGAAGCAGAGGGCAGUGAUUUGGCCAAUGGCGGUUAUGACACUUUUCAAGGCGCAGGUAGCAGUACAGAAUUUGUACAAGAUGCAUUUAGCGAACAAGGGCUUUCUGUAUUGAAAAAUAUGUUAAAGGACUGGUGGGACGAAGCCUUAUCUGAAAACUUAACCGCAGAUUUAUUAGUGAACUCUUUCAUUAACUGGGUACAAAGUCCUGAUUCUGGUCUAUUUGAUGGCUCAUUAAGGUACCAUGUACAAAAUUUGACCAAAAAGUCAAUGUUACAGCUAAUGAAUGAAUUUGAUACUUUAGGAUCAUUCGUUCUUUAUGCUGAUAGAAAUAGGCUUUUGGUGAAAACGAACAAGUUUUCUCCAGGAAGCUGCUACGCUUACAGUCAAUACACUAUUAGGGCUAUCAAGGCCAAUCCCAUAUUCAGGUAUAUUGAUUUGAAGAUAAAUAGAUAUUGGGAUGUUUUGAUUUGGAUGGAUAAGUGGAAUUACAGUGGUUUAGCAUGCACUGAAAUACAAGACAAGGUUGAUCAAGAUUUUGACGCAUAUUCUGAAUGGCAAAUCAAGAAAGCCUUACCUACUAUAUUCCAAUCAGAGUUUGAUGAUUGGAUGUCAAUUAUUCUAGACAGUAUGAUAAAGACAAAAGAAAAAUACAUGGCAUCCCACCUUGGCACACAAAGAGCUACACAAAUACUUCCAGCUUCCACGGCGGGAAAGGCCAACAGUGAGGAAAUCUCUUCGAUAUCUGGUUUCACAGAAAAUUUUGGCACUUCUUUGAUGAAAAGAAUGAAGAAAUUAUUUCGCAACCAACAGGAAUUCAUAUUAGACCCAGAGUUUUCCUCUGAUUAUGCAUUUCCUGAGCUACCGGGUUCCUAUUUGGAAAUGAAAAACCCUCUUCUUGAACUAGUGAAAUGCUUAUGUCAAGUGAUGCUUCUAUCCCAGAAAACGUUAUUGGAAGCAAGAGAAUUAAGAAAGGAACUAUUAAAGAUAUUCGAAAUCAGAGAGUUUGCCAAAAUAUCGGAAUUUAAAGAUCCUAGUUUGAGCAUGCCUAUUAACGGAUUCAUAUGUGAAUAUUGUUCGUAUGUUUCCGAUAUUGAUCUUUGUAAGGACAGUCCGGAGAAGAUAUUCAGUUGUCCUCAUUGUCCGAAAGCAUUUAACAAGUUAAUUCUACAAGAACAUCUUAUCAAAAAGAUAGUGUCACAAUUCGAAGCGUAUUAUACGCAAGAUUUGAAGUGUACCAAGUGUAAAAAGAUUAAGGAAGACUAUAUGAGUGCGCACUGCAACUGCUCAGGUAGCUGGGAAGGGGUUAUUUCAGAUAGGAAUUUCUUACAAGAUAUUCAAACGUAUAAGCAGGUGGCUCGUUAUUAUGAUUUUGACAUGCUGAAUAGUUGUAUAUCUGAAUUAUGUAAGGUAUGA